AGAGAAGUGAAGAACUGCUUGCAAGUAUCAGUGAUCCUUCAAAAUAGGAGUAUCUGCAAGGAAGUGAGUGAGUUGGAAUAAAAAGUUUUGGUGUUCAGUAAUCGGGCAAACUGAUGAGAGCUAUGAUGAAACACAUACUUUCCACAUCGCUGAUAGUGUUGCUGUUCGUCAUCUUUACCAAUGCUCAGACAUUCCAGUACUCUCGUGGAUGGACUAAUGGUAAACGAUCUGCCCCGGAUCAAGCUGCUCAAAGUCGUUCAAUAAUACCACAUCUUCCGGUGGGAUUAGAAAAACCUGAUGAAGAGUGCAGAUUACUGAUACAGCGUUUUCUAAAGUCUCCGUGUGACGUGCGGCUGGCGAACGCCAUAGUCAAUCGCAACAAGGACCUGCUACGCGAUAUGUCUGACGACGUGAAUGAUGGAACGGCUUUGCUCUACGACCCCAGCCCCGUCCUGGAUACAGUUGGCAGUGAAGAUGUGAGAUUCAAACGUGGGUCUUCGGAUAGGCACGUGUUGGAUGAUGGUUUGCGGCGGUUUUAAAUCGUUCCAACAAGCAGCCGCACUGGUAUACUAUGGUCGAUGGUACUAAGCUGGAAGUAGCAGCGACCAAAGAACCGUUUGGUUGCCCGAACCGAUGAACAAAGCAUUUACGGAAGAAGUCUGAUAUUGUUUUCAAUUUAUUCCUUAACCUUAUGAUACAUUCAAAAUAGAUAUUUCGUCCCAGUAUCCGUUUCGAUUGCAAUGAACAUCGAUAUUAACAGGGAUAUGCAUCAUUUGCUUGUGGGAUUGCGGUAGAUAUUUUGUGUGCGGUUUACAUUCAAACGAUGCUAGUUGUAAAUAUUUAAAAUCUAUUAUAUUUAUGAAACAAUAAAAUUGAAGACAAAAUAUUAA